CGAAGCGACAAGGUGUGUCCCCUUGGUGUCCCAACUUGUCAACACGGCGUGGUAAGAGAUAUUACGCACAAACAACCGUAGGCUAGAGAAGACGAGAAGUAAUUUCACACCAACUUCUGAACAAACUUUUUGUUGUUGUGUUCACUAGCAUACUUUUAAUGAGACACAUUUGGCUGUGUUGUAUCUGUCGUUAACUCUCACCAUCACCAGUUGAAAAUUGGUGGAACUUCAAAUGAACCGUUUUUAUUUUUCUGGAAUUAGCCAACGACCAACGCCGGACUACAAACCUAUCACAAAAUUGUUGCUGUUCCCGGGGUUGUGCUCUCCAGCUGUAGCGGACUAACGUUAUAGUGGUGCGCUCGUUAUACAGCUCGAAUCCGACGUCUGUAACUGUAGCCAAUGACUGUAGCCUUUCUCCCCAAUAAUAGUACAGUAUCUGCCGCCAGUAUCUGCCGUCAGUAUCUGCCGUCGGUACCUGCCGUCAGUAUCUGCCGUCGGUACCUGCCGGGUCAGCGGCACACGCUCUGCGGGCAGAGUGCUGACGGACUUGUCGCGCCACGAACGAAAUCCUCCCGGUAAUACAUAGGCUUGGAGGCCAGAGAUUCUGUGGUCAGUCAUGCCUGUCCCCCCUCCUCCCCCUCCCCCUGCACCCCCUCCACCUCCACCACCCUGUACUGCUCACCUACCACAGUCUCGGCCAGACCCUCCUAGUCUCCAGAGUAUGAGUGUUGGAGGAAGAGGAGGGAGGAACGCCCUGUUAGCAGACAUCCAGAAAGGAGCCAGGUUAAAGAGGGUUUUACAGGUCCAUGACCGUAGCGCACCAGUUGUCGACAAGCCCAGGGCCAGUGGCUGUCUGUCCCAGGACCAUCCCCAGGGAGGAUCAGGAGGAGGGGUGGAGGCUGUGAGGCCCUCUCCAGGGGGCUUGUUCUCUGGCGGGUUCCCUGUCCUCAGACCUGCUGGACAGAGAGCCUUCACAGGGAAGAAUGUGGUUUCACGCUCUAGCUCAUCAACGGGACUGAAGCCUCAGUGGAAUCCUCCACCGACAUCGUCAGACAGUGGCCACACCCCCGAUCCCUACCAUAGGCCGACAGAGAGAGGAAGCCCUUCCCACCGCCCUGCCCACUCAGCCUCCGCCCCUCCCUCCCCCUCUCACAGCAAACCUCCCCUCUCCAUCACUGCCCCCACCAUCAUUCCUCCUCCCCCUCCUCCCUCAUUCCACGAGCGUCCCAGCAGCAGGCCUCCCCCCAUCCCUACCGGUCCUCCCCCUCCUCCCCCUACCCAAGUCACCAAGCCUACCUGGCUCCCCAUCCAGCACCCUCACCCCUUACCCCAGCCCUCUACCCCUCCUCCCUCCACGCCCCCCUCCUCCCUCCCGAACCGGAACUCUGGUUUCUUCUACCCGCCUCCUCCCUCCCCCAUCCUCUCAUCCUCCCUCCCCCCUCCUCCCUCCCCCGUCAUCUCAUCUUUCCCCCCUCCCCCCUCCCCCGUCGUCUCCUCUCUCCCUCCUUCUCCCUCCCCCAUCCUCUCCUCCCCUUCCUCUGAAUUGAGGUUCUCUAUCUCUGGUCCCCACGGCCCCCCUCCUCCUCCUCCUCCACCCCUCCCUGCCUCAUUCACCCCCAGCUGCCCCUCCUCUCUGCACCCUCCACCACCCAAGAUGCCCCCUGUGCCGUCCCCUGCCAUGAGGCCCCCGGUGCCCCCUCUGCCCCCCUCCUACCCCUGCACUGCACCCAGUCGACGACCACCAGCUGUGCCCAGGAGUGCAGGUGUGGGGAGGUCGUUGGCUCCUCCCCCCGCCCCACCGGCCCGCUCCCCGUCCACUGAACUGACCAACCGGAUCCCUCCCCCUCAUCCUCCUCCCCUUCCCCCGUCCAUAAUGAGGAACGGACACAGUCCUCCUCCUCCUCCACUCCCCCCCUCCUUAAUGAGGCAUGGACACAGCCAGAGCUUGCACAGCCUGGAUGACUUUGAGUCUAAAUUUCAGUUCCACCCAAUAGAAGACUUUCCCCCUCCAGAGGAGUUUUGGCCCUUUCCACGCAUCUACCCAAGCAGAGAGAACCAAGGAGUGAUCAGGACACAGCUAUGGUGAUGCAGUGAGACAACAUGGACCACCCCCCCCCCCCCCCACACACACACAUCCAACAGCUGGCCCAACACAUCCUCUUCGUCCUACAUCUUCCUCUGUUCCCAGGGGCCAUGCUCAUGGACGGAUAAUUGAGACUGUGUGUGUGUGUGUGUGCGUGUGUGGGAUCUUGUGGCGAAUACAAUACUGUGUCACACCCAGUGCAGGCUAUGUGACCUCUAACCUUCUCCAGUGUGGAAUGUUUUGAAUGUGUGUCAGGAGGGUUGACCCAACAGUGUUCUCUCCCUCUCACUAUAUAUAUCUAUUGAUAAACUGGGUGGCACCAGCCCUGAAUGCUGAUUGGCUGACAGCCAUGAUAUAUCAUGGGUAUGACAAAACAUUUAUUUUACAUUGGUAAACAGUUUAUAAAAGCAGUAAGGCACCUCGGGGGUUUGUGGUAUAUGGCCAAUAUACCACGGCUAAGGGCUAUGUCCAGGCACUCCACGUUGUGUCGUGCACAAGAACAGCCCUUAGCCGUGGUAUAUUGGCCAUAUACCACACCCCCUCGGGCCUUAUUGCUUAAAUAUAUACUGUAUAUAUAUGUCUAUCUCUGUUCUCUCUCUCUCGCUAUAUAUAUAUAUAUAUAUAUAUAUAUAUAUAUAUAUAUAUAUAUAUAUAUAUAUAUUUAUCAAAAUAUAUUUGAGAUUCUUCAAAGUAGCCACCCUUUGCCUUGAAGACAGCUUUGCACGCUCUUGGAUUUUUCUCAACCAGCUUCACCUUGAAUGCUUUUCCAACAGUCUUGAAGGAGUUCCUGCAUAUGCUGAGCACUUGUUGGCUGCUUUUCCUUCACUCUGUGGCCCAACUCAUCCCAAACCAUUUAAUUUGGGUUGAGGUAGGGUGAUUGUGGAGGCCAGGUCAUCUGAUGCAGCACUCCAUCACUCUCCUUGGUAAAAUAGCCCUUAUACAGUCUGGAGGUGUGUUUGGUUGUUGUCCUGUUGAAAAACACAUGAUAGUCCCACUAAGCACAAACCAGAUGGGAUGGCAUAUCGUUGCAGAAUGUUGUGGCAGCCAUGCUGGUUAAGUGUGCCGUGAAUUCUAAAUAAAUCCCUAACAGUGUGACUAGCAAAAGCACCCCUGAACCAUCACACCUCCUCCUCCAUGCUUCACGGUGGGAACCCCACAUGCGGAGAACAUCUGAUCACCUACUCUGCGUCUCACAAUGUCACAGCGGUUGGAACCAAAAAUCUCAAAUUUGGACUCAUCAGACCAACGGACAGAUUUCCACCAGUCUAAUCUCCAUUGCUCGAGUUUCUUGGCCCAAGCAAGUCUCUUCUUAUUAUUGGUGUCCUUUAGUAGUGGUUUCUUUGCAGCAAUUCGAUCAUGAAGGCCUGAUUCACGCAGUCUCCUCUGAACAGUUGAUGUCGAGAUGUGUCUGUUACUUGAACUUAUUUGGGCUGCAAUUUCUGAGGCUGGUAACUCUAAUGAACUUCAGCAGAGGAAACUCUGGGUCUUCCUUUCCUGUGGCGGUCCACAUGAGAGCCAGUUUCAUCAUAGUGCUUGAUGGUUUUUGCGACUGAACUUGAAGAAACUUGAAAAGUUCUUGACAUUUUCUGGAUUGAUUGACCUUCAUGUCUUUAAGUAAUGAUGGACUGUCGUUUCUCUUUGCUAUUUGAGCUGUUCUUGACAUAAUAUGGACUUGGUAUUUUACCAAAUAGGGCUAUCUUCAGUAUACCACCCCUACCUUGUCACAACACAACAGAUUGGCUCAAACACAUUAAGAAGAAAAGAAAUUCCACAAAUGAACUUUUAACAAGGCACACCUGUUAAUGGAAAUGUAUUCCAGGUGACUACCUCAUAAGGCUGGUUGAGAGAAUGCCAAGAGUGUGCACAGCUGUCAAGACAAAGGGUGGCUACUUUGAAGAAUCUCAAAUAUAAAAUAUAUUUUAACUUGUUUAACACUUUUUUGGUUACUACAUGAUUCCAUAUGUGUUAUUUCAUAGUUUUGAUGUCUUCACUAUUAUUUUACAAUGUAGAAAAUAGUAAAAAUAAAGACAAACCCUGGAAUGAG